AAGAUAUAAUCAAAUAAGAUUACUUCAAAUAAUAAUAAUAAUAGUACAUAUAUAAGCAUUUUAGAGCUCAGCUUCGAAAGUAAAAUUAAUAAUAAAGUCUAUAUUUCUUUCUACUAGUCCAUGGACUCCAGCGUUGAUCUUGUACUAAAAAAGGACAUUAAUUAAAGUAUUAAUAAUAUUAUUAGAUCUGAUAGAUCUUCUUCUAAUCCUAAAACUUACUAAAAAAAUUCAGAAAUAGAUCUCUGCCAAAACUCUCAAAAAUAGCUUCUUUUUAAAAAGAUAUAUCAGAUAAACACAUAGAAUUUGAAGCAAAGAUAAAGUGAUAAUAUCAUUUUAGAAUCUAGGAGUCAAUCAAGCUAAAAUAUUGAUAAGUCUGCAAUAAAGAAUGCUUCUGUACAAAUAUAGCAAGCUAAUAGACGAUCAGUGAAAUAAAUAGUAAUCAAAAAGCAAAUCACAAUUGAAAGCUUAAACUCAUCAAAUGAUCAGCUCAGCCCUGAAGUUAAAGUUCCAUAAUCUGCCAGACAUUUCAAUCGCCCAACAUUUAAUUUGUGCUCUUUAAAUAAUCGAAUUUAGCAAUUGGAGUAAACCAAUUCUAAGAGCAAACUUAAUCAGUAUUUCUUUCCUUCAUAGAAACCAUUGAGCAAUAGAAAUGAAAACUCAUAAGUUUAUUGCACUUAUUUCAAUUAAUAGAACUCAAAUUAAAGUAUAGAUGAAAAGCCUGCAAAAAAAAAAAUAAUUAUAAGGAGGGAUGCUUUAAACACUUCAAGAGGAAUAGAGAUGCAAAAAGGAGUUUAAUAAUAAAAUAAUUACGUUUAGAAAGAAAUUUCAUCUACAGAUUCAAUAAGUAAUUUCAGAAGGUAUGACGAAGACUCAGACGAAAAUUUUGCAACAAGUGAGAGGAACGAAAAACCCAAAACAGAGUCAAAUAUUCCUUUUGAAAAUGAAAAUAAAUUUAAGGGCAGGAAUAUGUAUUCAUUCCAAACUUAAAUUAUAAAAAAAGUACCAAAAAAUACUCCUAUUAAAUUAGAAGAAGGUCAAAAUAUUGACAAAAGUUAUUCAAUUCAAGAAGAUAUUUCAAAUUUAAAUUUAGCAACAACCACCUGCUCUUCUGGGAAUGAAGAACUUUCUCCAAAUUAUUUACCUGUAGAUAGAAAAUUAAUGAAAAUUAUAAAAGUAAACAAAAACUUAUGUAAAUAUGGUAAGUCAAACUAAGUUGAAGAAUCGAAAUCCUAAACUAACAUAUUAAAAAAUCAAAUUAACUUAGUUAAAAAUGCUUAUAAGUAAUAAAAUAUUCAAAAUUUUGAUUAAAAUGGUAAUUUGUAACUCAAAGCCAAGUAGGAGUAAAACAGCUAACAAAUUUCUCAAGAUUAAAAUUAAGACCACAAAAAAGAGUCAACUGAAGAAAUUUUAGCAAAUUAAUUGGGAAUAUUUGAAGUUACCCAAACAGAAAAUAUAUUAAUUAAAAAGUUAAAAAUCCUAUCUCAAUGUGAAUUCAAUCUGUACGAAGCUUAUCAAAUUAAAAAUUUGUAAUAGAGUGAAAUUAAUUCUAUAAGCUCUUUUAUAAGUGCAAUGUAAAAUGAUAGCAAAGGAUAAAUGUUUACCAAUGUACUUAAUUAUAAGCAUUUUAUUCAAAAUUAAGAUAGCUCGCUUUUAAUUUUCCCUUUUUAAUCUAACAAAACCUUAAAAAAUUUGCUUUAAAAUAUUAAACUAUUGAAUGAAUAGCUUUUGAAGAUAUUCUUUAAAGAUAUUUUGUGCGGUCUCUAACAGAUAUAUUACAAUAUGAAGACUAAUCUAAUUAAUUUAUUAGAUUUUGAUCAAAUUUUUAUAGAUGAAAAAUAUAAACUCUUUGUUGGAUUAAAUAUUAAUUAAAGUAAAAUAGAUCCAGACUAAAUUUAUUUGCAAUACUUAUCUGAAGAUGAGUCAAAUAAUUAGUAAUAGUAUGAAAAAAUCAAUAAAUUACAAUUUAGAGAAGAAUGUAAUAUUGUACAGGACUUUGGAUUUUUAAUACUGAAAUCUCUUCUAGGACCUAAUUAUGCUAUUUUUGAAUAAAAUACAAAUCAUAGUAACUAAAUUAGGAGCUUAAUAUCAGACUAAAAUAAUUACAAAAAGUGUUGCCUUUUUCAUGAUAUUAAAUUUAUCUCAGAGAAAAAUAUAACUGAUUCUAGAGUCUAGUUAAAAAAAGCAAAUGAAAUCACCAAAUUUAUCUCUAAGAACUGCUCUUAAUAAUUGCAAGAUAUUUUGUGCGGAUCUCUAAAAUACAAAAAAGAAGAAAGAUUGAAUAUUUUUUAAUUACAAUAAUAAUAUUUCUUUUAAAGCUAAUUGAGUGCAGCAAUAGAUAAUUAAUAAAUAAAUAAUAACAAUAAUUAAUCUCAAAUAUUAAAACUUCUUUUUUAAUAAGUGUAAAUAAAAGAAAAAUAACAAGACACCCUUUAAUCAAAAACUCAAAAGCUUUAACUUUUGAUCAGACUAAAAUUAGUGAUUGCUAACUCUAAAUCAUUAUUUGAUAAAAUUUAACCAUAAACUAAUUAUUAAAAAAUACAAGAAAAAAUAGAAUCUCAGCUGAGCCAAUAUUUAUCAAUUACCACACAAGAAAUCAAGAAUAUAAUUAAUAUAGAAAAAUGA